AUGCUUCGCGUGUCUGAUUUUUCGCGCCGCCAGGAGCGAUGGCAGCGGUCGAGGAGUGACCUGCGGGCAUUCGAUAUUCGCGUGGACGACGUCGACGAGGCAGCGUUUUUUCGGUAUCGCGAGCUUUCCGCCCCCGCCCUCGCCCCCGCUCCCGAAGGUAUAUGGACGAGCGAAUUCGGAACGGGUUGGAGAAACCCGCCAGUUCUACCGCUACUUGCAGGACUCCAUGUGUCCCCAUUCCGGACUGCGCCCAAUCGAAGACGUAGUUGCGCAAGACCGGUCUCCCGCGCAGGCCCCCCCAAGCCCUGCACGACCAGGAGAUGGUCCUCGUGUUCAUCCAUCGCGGAAACACCAGGCUGGGCAUCCACAGCCCCCGCCCACCCAUCCGGAAGGCGAUCUGUCUGCGCAGAUGGACGACACGACCAUCCGGGUCGCCGUAUCUUCCGGGGAAUCACCGUGUUGGGCAGUGCCCCGUAUUUCUACAAGGUUCCUGCGACCCAAGAGCUCGUCGACGUGGUCGCCUAUGCCGAGUAUCCCGCGCGUGAGACCGUGGUGCAGAGGUUCACACCCCCGGUCCCUGACUAUUACUGGAUGAACGGUAGGAGACCCUUGACCAGCUGCAGCAUCCACUGUCGUGAGGCACAACUGCGAGUGGGAGGCAAAUUUGCGACAGGCUGGGCGAGAGGUGGGAUAGCGCCAAUUAGCCCUCGCUGA